AUGUAUAUAAACCAUGAAAGCCCUCAUAGUAGCAGCAUCAAUAUCAACAUCCAUCGUUUGGGAACAAAAGAAAAGAAACAAUCAGGCAAAACGAAAUGCGUCUUCUCCACCUCCUCACUCGCUAGCACAACCCUAGCAACGACCCUCCCCCUAACCCGACGAGCACCAACCUCUUCCACAGCUUCCCGCCUCAAAGCAACCAAAUAUGGCACCAUCUUCGACGUCCCCGCCACAAUCGGCAAGCAAACCUUCCAACUCCUAGUCGACACCGGCAGCAGCGACACCUACGUAAUGCAAACCGGCUUCAUCUGCAUCGACGAGGACACAAAUUCUACUAUCCCGGAAGCAGAAUGCCUGUACUCCAAUCACACCUACAACCCCGACUACUCGGAUACUUAUCGUCGCGUUGAGGACCAGUACUUCGGCAUCAAGUACGGCGCAGGUAUCGCUAGUGGUGAUUUGGCAUAUGAAACCGUCUCAUUGGGUGGCCUCACAGUGAAAAACCAGAAAGUCGGAAUCGCACAGCGGACGAACCCAAUGGGCGAUGGGGUGAAUAGCGGACUACUCGGGCUGGCGUAUCCGUCUAUCACGUCUGCGCAUCCAGGUAACGCCUCGAGUUCGGAUAACAGCACGUGCUUCUUCAAUCGGAAGGUGUAUAACCCGCUGCUGUAUCAUAUGCACCAGCAAGGUGUUCUGAAGGAGCCCUAUUUCAGUCUUGCGCUGGCGUCUACGCCGCAGAAUGACUCUACGGCGUUUGGGGGGUAUUUGUCGCUUGGUGAGCUGCCGCCCGUGAAGCAUAGUGAUCAGUGGGCGACUGUGCCUGUUGAAAUUUAUCGGACUAUUCCUGUGGAAUUCACGUCUGGGAAUCGUACGCGGUUUUGGUGGACAACGACUGUGCAGAGUGUUCGAUAUGGCCCAAAGUCAGCGAAUAAGGGCAACUCGACUGCCUUCCAGACGUUCGUCGACUCCGGGAACAAUAUCUCCUACCUCCCGGCUGCUGUUGUUGACUCUGUCAAUGCACUUUUUGACCCCCCGGCUACAUUCGAUGACUCGUCGAAGCUGUAUGUGGUCAAUUGCAAUGCGAAAGCUCCGCUUUUUGGUCUGCAGCUUGGAAACCAGACAUUUUACCAUAAUCCUGCGGAUUUGAUCCAGAAGGUGGAUGAUGAUCUUUGCGUGUCUUCUCUUGCAGCGUCAGAGGAUGCGCGCGUUGGUGAUAUUACGGUGAGUAUCCUGGGUGUGUCGUUCUUGAAGAGUGUCAUCGCUGUUUUUGAUUUUGGAAAGGAUGAGAUGAGGUUCGCGAAGAGGUUGAACUAG